CCCAUGUUCUGAAUCGAGAACUAUCGAGAGUGUCUGUUCAAAACAAAUCCAUACCUAAAUCUGAAGUUCAAGUACCACUUGUGAAAUUUUAUCAGACUUAUUUUAUUGAAUAGUAUAUUUAAAAAAGAAAACAAAAAUUUACAGAUUCUGAAACUAUGAAGCAACUUUUUCUAUUUAUUUAGAAAAUCUGAUUAUGUGUAUAAUACGUUAAGCUUGAAACAUUCUUGGUUGCUAUUUAGGAAUUGUAAAUUCCAAAACCAAUGUCAUCUUCAGCAUCAAAUUCUACUAAUCAAGGGUUAGCAACUCCUGCUAGCGAAGAGCGGGUAACUUUAGUGGUUGAAAAUACCCGUAUUGUUGUUGACCCUAGUUUAUUUGCGGAUUAUCCUGACACCAUGCUAGGCCGAAUGUUUGGAUCAUCACUGGAGAACAAUAUUACUCGUCCUAAUGAAAGAGGGGAGUAUGAAAUUGGAGAAGGAAUAUCUGCAUUAGUCUUUCGAGCUGUGUUGGAAUAUUAUAAAACCGGGGUUAUACGGUGUCCUCCCAACGUUUCUGUUACUGAACUGCGUGAUGCCUGUGAUUAUCUUCUUAUUCCUUUUGAUGCAAAAACCAUCAGAUGUCAUAAUCUCAGGGGUUUUCUGCAUGAAUUAUCUAAUGAAGGAGCACAGAGACAAUUUGAGAACUUCUUAGAAGAGCUAAUACUGCCUGUCAUGGUUGCAUCAGCACAGAGAGGAGACCGUGAAUGUCAAAUUGUUGUAUUGUUAGAUGAUGAUAUUGUUGACUGGGAUGAAGAUUAUCCUCCUCAGACUGGAGAAGAACAUUCACAAAUCAUAUACAGUACAGAAAUGUAUCGUUUCUUCAAGUAUAUUGAAAACCGUGAUGUUGCGAAGAAAGUGCUCAAAGAACGGGGAUUGAAAAAGAUUCGAUUAGGCAUUGAAGGUUAUCCCACUCACAAGGAGAAAGUGAAAUGUCGUCCUGGAGGUAGAGCAGAUGUGAUUUACAAUUAUGUCCAAAGACCGUUCCUUCGAAUGUCUUGGGAAAAAGAAGAGGCUAAGAGUCGCCAUGUUGAUUUCCAAUGUGUCAGAAGCAAAUCUAUUACUAAUUUAGCAGCAGAUGGCCUUGAAGGAUCUCCACCAGCAAAUAGUGGUGUUGCAGAAAGAGCUGUUGUUGAUGGCAACUAUGAUGAAAUAUAUCUCUUACCCCCUCAUCCAUCACCAAGAGAACCUUAUCCUGAAGUACAUUUGCCUCCUGAUGAAUCUUAAAAGUGUGAUUUAUCAAUAUUAAUGUGUACUAACAAAUGCAAUUUAUAAGAUUCAUAUCUGUGUACUACUUUAUACUCAGCACUUAUUUAUAUAAUAUUGGUGUUUACCCUGAUUCCUAGCUUUUUAUUGAUUGUGUACAAAAGAUGCAUUUCACUAUUUAUCCUCAAAGCUAUGUUCACUUAUUUCAUUUACAUUAGUUUCCUUUAGAAACUUUCUUCAUAUCUAUCAGACCAAAUUAAAUAAUGGAUGUUGUGACAUUGUAAUAAUCUUUGGCUGAUUUUCUCUGAAUAUUUCUUUUUCUAAAUAGUUUGAGAUCUGUUUCUAUUGCAAUAUGAUAUCCAGAUUAGCACUGAAAGUAAUUUCUCUGAUGCAUUUCAAUCUGUGUUUCAUUGUAAACUUAGUAACUUGAGUAACGUUUCUAGCCUUUGCUGUUUGUGUUUACUUCAGAAAAUUUAUUUUAUAAUAAAAUUUCUGCAUUUUGUAAUCUAUUUUGCCUUGCUCAUUCAAAAGUCAUUAUUUUUUUUUCUAUUUAAUGUCAUUUAUUUGUAAAAAAAAGUAAAAUAUAUAUAAAAAAAAUUGAAGAAUAAUUUUUAUAAUUUUUUAUUUUAUAUGAUGAAAAGACUGAAAUGCUUUUAAAAUAAUAUAGCAUCAUCCAAUAGAUUAAAACACUAAAUAAUGUUUGGUUUAAAUAUGAACCCUUGUAAUCAGAACAAUUUCAUAUUUUAAUUGAAGAAAUUUAAAUCACUAUUUUUGCUUCCUGUGACAUACAGUUAGCAAAUUUGUGAAAUAUAAUCAGUUUGAAAUUAUAUCAUUUUUUUAAAAAAAUAUGUGAGGGGCCAUCUUGAAUUUAGAGAUUCUAGUGAGUAAUAGUAUAAUCUUUUUGUACAUAUCAGCUGUUUAUG